AUGUCUUCCUCCGGAGCAGGCCAAUCCAGCGUCGGCAGCCGCGCCGUCUACGAAGCCGGUGACCAGCGCAACGUGCCCCAGUCUGAGAUCAACGAGCAGAACCGCUACGCAGAGGGUCAGAAGAACAGCCACAAGAACCUUGAUUCGAAGGACCAGCGCUCCAUCGGCAACAAGCUUGCCUCGCAAGAACGCAAGCCCGAGAGCGACCACCACCACAACUUUGUCCAGAACCCUGAGGCUGAGCUCAGCAAGCAGGAUCCUACUAAGCCGGCCAAGGUGCACGGCAACCAGCCUUCCAAGGGUGCUCAGAUCGAUGCCGAAUUGCAGGCUGAGGAUGAGCAGCGCUUGCGUGAGAAGGGUAUCAAGAAAUAAAUGAUGUAAUGAUUGGGAUUUGGAAGGAAGGACGGAUGGAAAAGCUUUAUACUAUAUCCUGUUCGAAUGACUGCAUGAAUGGCUGACGCCUGGGGCGAUAGCAUGACACUAUUAUUUACAAUGGUUAACUUCUACUUCACUACAAGUAUUUAUUUUUCAGAGUGUGUAGUAUAUUACUAGCCCGUGUGUGUUUUAUUGAAGUUAUAGAACUGGAGUUAUACUUCGGUUCUUCGUUCGGAGCGCCAGGGUAUCAACAAACAAAAAGUUGGGAUGCCAUG